AUGACUCCCUCCAAUACGCCAUUGCGUUUGUCAGUCACCACGGCGCAUGACGAUAAGAGCAUCUCAUUACAGACUCCAACAUCGGGCUCGACCUUGACGCCCCCGGUCACCCCGAUAGCCAAGGAACUCUCCGACGCCGAGCGGUCGAUUCCGAGUCCAGUCGAAGAAAAAGCCCUCGAACAAACAACGGUGCAAGUGAAGAGGAAUAUAAGCACUCCGCUACGCUUCACGGACGAAGUCGAAAUCUGUCGCGAUGAUGAAGACCGCCCCGUCGAGUUUGGCCGUGGCGCUUGGAGUAUAGUAUACAAGGCGCGCUCAACUCUCAACAAUACAACAACUCCCCUUCACACACCACCCAGCUCGCCAGUCACGGUUAGUCGCGUCGUAGCCGUGAAAGCGCCAUUGCGCCGCGAUGCGCGCAAAGUUCUACAAGCCGAAGCUCUAACCUUGACCCGACUCAAUCUCACACCGGGUUUUGAGAAACAUGUCGUCCCCUUCCAAGGCUUUCUAUCCGACUCCGAUGCGCUAGUCAUGUCAGCCGUGCCCUUGGCAUUAUCCACAUACAUAGAAGACCAUGCCGAUCUACGGAAGAAACAGCAUUCAACGGCGACCACGUUCGAUCCCGUCCAAGGACCAGAAUCUUGGCGCGAUAUGGCCCGCAAAUUGAUAACCGGUCUUGCAUGGCUGCACGAUACAGCAGGGAUCAUCCAUGGCGAUAUCAAGCCUCACAAUGUCCUCCUCCGUCGAAUUUCAACCGACGAGCCCGGUGUCGACGCUGGCGCAUUCCCCUACGAACCUCUUCUUGCGGAUUUCUCGUCCGCCUUCAACAUCCCAACAGACACCACCCUCACAACCCCGGAUACGAACCAAGCGUCCAUGUCAGCAUUCACGCCGCCAUUCACAGCACCAGAGUUACUCUCGCUUGCAUCGCUCAAGUCGGGCGAUGUUGCGCCGACACCCUCGUCAGACGUCUUUUCCCUCGCUGCUACCCUGAUAGCUGCUGCCACGGGUGAUCUCCUUCUCUACCCUGGUUCAAACAAUAUGCAGCGUCUAGCCAUGGCAAGGGAAGGCCAUCGAAUCUUGGAGUUUACGCGUGCUGGUUCGAAUGGUUGUCGUGUGCCGCGGAAUGGCUUCGUGGAAAAGCUUGUUCAACCCGCUGUUUCCAAGGAUCCAGCACAGAGGAUUUUGACUCGGGAUUGGAUGGCUCUUGCAUCUUUAUGA